AUGGCAACAAACACUUGUAGUCAAGACAUGCAAGAGGGAAAUAAAGAGGCACCACCAGCACAUGCUGAGGGGAAGAAGCAGAAGGGGAAGUUCUUCAAGAAGAGUUCGAAAGGCUCUGAGAAUACAGUUGCACUACCACUGCCACCCCGCGACCCUAAUUCAACAGGGCCGAAACUGACGAGGAUUUCAACGGUUGCCACUAAGCCCAAAAAUGAAAUGUUUAGCGACUUGGACAUGAUGGGAUUCCCUGGAGUAGCCCCAUAUAGGAGAACAAAUGAGUUCGCCAUAACAGCGGAAGCAUAUAUACCACUUUGCGAAAAGGAGUACGACAUAAUUGCGACUCAACAACCUUAUUUCGUGAAGAGUGUAUCAAAAUCUGCUUGGGCUCCUACAUCUGCAUCAAGAGUUGAUGAAAUCAAAUUGUGGCUACUUGAAAAUAAUAUUCCAUUUGAUGAAACAUUGCGGAAACCAUCCUUAUUGAUGCUUGUAAAAAAACAUAAACCUGAACCGAUCUACUACAUUGAUGAACUUUUGUCUGAACAUGGACAUACAGUGGUAAGACUGCCUCCUUACCAUUGUGAUUUAAACCCAAUCGAAUUAGUUUGGGCAAUAGUAAAAAGGCGAAUUGCACAAAAGAAUGUUUGUGGUCAAAAUGUUGCGAAGUUGGCUGAGGAAGCAUUUCAGGCAGUAACUUCACAAGAAUGGAAAAAUUGUGUUGAGCAUGUCAUCAAAAUUGAAAAUGAAUAUUUUGCCCGUGAAGGAUCUCUCUAUAAUGAUAUAGACCGAUUUGUCAUCUCAGUUAGCGAUGAUAGUUCAAGUGAAUCUGAAGAGUCAGAAGACGACCAAUUUAAUUAUGCAGGAGUUUCGGGCAACAUUUCGGGAGUCGAAUAUCUCGACUCUGAUUAUUUGGAUUCUGAU